CCUCUAUUGUCAUUCUCCACACGUUCUUCGCGUAUCGUCUCCCCCAGUUCAGCAUUACAGGUGAUGCCAAACAAUAUCGGCAUUAAGAGGAGAUAUCAGUAGCCCCGGCAGUCAAACAAGUAUAUAUCUUCUAUUACCCUUAACCCGAAAUUACACCAUUCGAUAAACACUUUGAACGUUCAAGUAUCAACACAACUAUAUCCGUUAACGCAUCCACAAACCAAUUCCUAUCAUCAAAAAUGUCGCAAAGAGUUCUCCUUACCGGAGCAAAUGGUUUCCUCGGCAGCCACAUUCUGUCCGAACUUCUCAACCGUGGCUUUUUUGUUCGCAGCGUUGUCCGAAGCCAAGUAAAGGCAGACCAAAUCGCCCGCGACUUUCCGUCUUUCAAAUCAAAAAUGGAUUUCGGAAUCGUUCCGGAUAUGACAGUUUCUGGAGCCUUCAACGAAGUCGUCAAAUCAACCCCACCAUUCGAUGCUGUCCUUCAUCAAGCAUCACCAUUCCUCUUCUCAGCAAUCGGAAAUAAUGCAGAGUUCCUCGAUCCUGCAGUCAAAGGCACAACAGAGAUUCUGAAAUCCAUCAAAGCUUACGCCCCCGAGGUAAAGAGAGUGAUUUACACUUCCAGCUGCGCAGCAGUCCUGAACUUCAAUGCACCAGUGGGAACAACACCCCAGAAAGUGUACACGGAGGAUGACUGGUACCCAAUCACCUACGACGAAGCUCUUGCAGGCAGCAAAGCCGACGCCUACCGUGCAAGCAAGAAGUUCGCAGAGCUCGCAGCAUGGAACUUCGUCAAAGAAGAGAAACCCAACUUUGAUCUUGUGUGUCUGAAUCCUCCCAUGAUUUAUGGGCCACUCAAGCACACUGUGUCCAAUGUCGAGGAUAUCAAUGAGUCGAAUGCCAGAAUCUACUCCAACUUCGUCGACUCCAGCAAAGACGCCCCACUCCCGCUAAAUGGGGUACACAUGUAUGUCGAUGUACGCGAUCUUGCUAUUGCGCAUGUGAAAGCUGUUACUACACCGGGAGCAGGAGGUCAUCGAAUCAUCGUGAGCUCGAAGUCCAUUUCUUCCCAGGAUAUUUCAGACAUCUUCCGCAAGAACUUCCCAGAGCUGGAGCAGAGGACACCGAUUGGGAAGCCAGGGACUGAUUCGUUACCUGAGGGAGCUUACACAAUUUCUAAUGAGAAAGUAAAAAAGCUUUUGGGCUUGGAGUUUAGAAGUGAUGAGGAGUGUUUUGUGGACUUGGGAAGGCAGUUGUUGGAAAUUGAGAAGGCUUCGGCUUGAAAUGUGAAAAAGAUCCAUGGGGUUCUAAAUCUAUCUUUAAAAAAAUAGCUUCGGGCAAUUUUAUAUGAUUAUGGAUGCUUGGAAAGAUGUUUCCGGAAUUGAGUGCCUUGGUCAUCCCUCGGAGUAACCUGGGGUGGAAGGAAAAUUCCAUCUGC